UCUGCGGCUCAGCUUCUCCUCGGCCACCUCCAAUUGGGUGUGGGUGAGAGCGGCUCCGCCUACGGCUUUCCUAGUGGUGCGCACUUGAGGGCGACGCGUCCCAUUGGGCCGCUCGGAUUUGGGCACCAAAUUCAAAGAUUUUAAAAGUACCAGCUGGCGCCUUUUAAGAGCUACAGCUCUAUGAAGCAAGCGGCUCAAUUCUCUGCUGCUAGAGCAGUUCCUUCACCUGAGGCGGGCCGCACGUCCCCGGGUAUGAGCCGGCGCCCUUGCAGCUGCUCCCCACGGCCAUCCUCCUGCUCCUGCAGCUCCAGCACCGUGACAGCAGCCGGGCGCCCUCGCCCCCUGGACAGUUGUAAAGAAGAAGAAAGUUCUAUUCUUUCUGUUAAAAUGAAGUGUGAUUUUAAUCGUGACCAGCAUGUUCAUUCUGGACUUAAACUGGUAAAAUCCGAUGACAUUGGAAGACUAGGUUCCUAUGUUCCUGCAUAUUUGGAAGAUUCUUGUAAGGACUGCUUUAAAGACUACGAAAGGUUAUCAUGUCUUGGAUCACCAGUUGUGAGCCCUGGGAUUGUAGAACUUGAUACUGAAAGCAAGCCCUUGCAUAACAAGGAAAAUCAACAUGUACAACAAACACUUAAUAGUACACAUGAAAUAGAGGAACUAGAGACCAGUAGACUUUAUGAAGACAGUGGGUAUUCUUCAUUUUGUCAGCAAAGUGGUCUCAAUGAACACGAAGAAGGAAGCCUUCCCCUGGAGGAAAAUUUCAGUUACAGUUCACAGUCCUGCCUGUUACAGAUACAAAGCCCAGACCAGUAUCCCAACAAAAACUUGUUGCCAAUUCUCCAUUUUCAAAAAGUCGUUUGUUCAACAUUAAAAAAGAAUGCGAAAAGAAAUCCAAGAAAAGAUUGGGAGAUGCUGAAGGCAACUAUAGCCAGUGGAAAUUUUAGACUACAGAAUAUAAUUGGCAGGAAAAUGGGCCUAGAAUAUGUAGAUAUUCUCAGUGAACUCUUUCGAAGAGGACUUAAACAUCUUCUAGCAAAUAUUUUAACACAGCUCAAUGAUAUGGACUUAAUUAAUGUGUCUAAAGUGAGCACUACUUGGAAGAAGAUUCUAGAAGAUGAUAAAGGAGCAUUCGAGAUGUAUAAAAAAGCCAUGCAGAGAGUUACUGAAGGCAACAUAAACUUUUCAGCACAUGCUUCAACCAGAGAUUAUGUUAUGCUCAGAAUCCCACUGGCUUCUGUUCAAGAAGCAACAGCUCAGACUCCUUUCCCAAAAGAUGCUCAAACCAAGUUAUCCAGUCAAGGUGAUCAGAAGGGUUCUACUUACAGCCGACACAGUGAAUUCUCUAAGGUUGCUAAGACUUUGAAAAAGAAUGAAAGCCUCAAAGCUUGUAUUCGAUGUAAUUCACCUGCAAAAUAUGAUGGCUACUUAGAGCGAGCAACCUGCAAACGGGAAGGCUGUGGAUUUGAUUAUUGUACAAGGUGUCUGUGUGAUUAUCAUAACACGAAAGACUGUUCGAAUGGCAAGUUCCUAAAAGCCAAUUGUAAAACGGGUCCCCUGCCUGGUACUAAAAAAAGCAAAAAGAAUUUACGAAGAUUGUGACCUCUUAUUAAAACAGUUGUUAGUGAUCAUGAAUAUUAGUUAGAAAAAUUAGGUUUUAACUUAAAAUAAUAAAAAUAUAUUGUGAUUUUCAAUUUUACAUUGAAAUUUUUUCUCAAUGGAUAAAGAGGAUACACUACCUCUUAAAAUAUUUUACAAUUUAAUGUGAAAAAGUUUAAAAUUCUCCGUGCAAAUCAGAAAAUUUAAAUAUUUUAAGAUAAAAGGAAAAGUAAUCUGGUAUUUGUGAUACAGAAGUGAAAUGAUGCAAUUUUAUGGUAAAAGAAGGCUGUGUAAUUUUACCUUUGACAAUCUUAAAUAUAAAUAAGGUGUACCAUCUAUUGGCAAUUAAGACAUUUUAUUAAUCUUACCAAAUUAAUGCUAGCUGAAAUAUCAAUUUUUAGAUCUAUUAAUUUAAAUGUCUUGUCUCCUUUCUUAGCCUUUUUCAAUGUAUGUAUUUCCCAAGAAAGUAUCCUUUGUAAAAUGUGCUUGCUUUCUUUUUUUCUGUUAUCUGUGUUCUAAUAUUUUUGUAUACAUAUAAAUAUUUUUGUAUUUUUAUGUCUUUUGUAUAUACAUAUAAAAAUACAUUUUGUUCGUUAUCAA